CUCAGAAGUAACAGUCCUCGACAACAGAAACAUCGCAGCCAUUCUUUGGUUUUUAUUAAUUAAUCAACUGGUUUUGAAUUUUUUGGUUCCUAUUUAUGCUUCAGUCAGCCGUUUUACAAUUGCUGUUACGGUUAUCAUAAUUGGUAUAUUGUAAACCGUUGAAAACAAAUUUGUUUCCGCAUUAAGAAUGUAUGUUUACUUUUAAAUAGAAUACAAAUCAAUUUAAUUAAAAUUGCGUAUUUUUCAAAACUCAUUCAACAGAAUUUAUGUUAUUUGGAAAGUUCUCACUGCCUGCUGAACAAAACUAUUAUCUGACAUUUAGAGACACUGAGACUACUUUGUUUUUGAUAUUUCAGUUGUUUAUAAACGAAUUCGUCAUCGUCUUUUAAAACAAAAUCGAAACAGUUUUCCUUUAGAAAAAUAUAAACUAAGAUAUGAUCUUGUAUACAGAUUCUUUCCUGAUACAAAUUUAAUUUUAUUUAGAUGUCAGCUUUGAUAGUUUAUAAAAGCUAUAUCUUCUAUUUUGAUGGUUAAUAAAUGAAGUUUUCACUUCCUUUUAAACGAGCGGGCGUCAGUGUAGUUCUGUUUGCCUGACAUAGCAGCAAAGUCGCCUUAAUGUUUUUGAAAAAAAGGAAAAACAAAGAAGGUAUAUAAGACUAUGUCGUCCUGAAUACUUUAGGUUUGAAUAAAGGGCAAAUGAUUGUGGUCAGAAUGCCUAUGAUCAUUGAUCAACUCGGUCAGGACUGACCUGAUUUCAGACAACUCUCCUUUAACCGAAUCUUUACGAAAUAGGCUUAAAAAUUCGUGCCAAACUCCGGUAGCUCUAAACAUUAUUUAAAUAGCUGCUGAGACAAAACCUCUCAUUUAUCUCUCCUAUUUAAUGAACUGGACGAAUUCAUGAGUGGCCCCUGAACGAGGUUUAUCUGCGUAUUUGUAGUUGUUGGUUAUAAUUCAUGAACAUUUAGAGCCUUUGUAACAAUUAAUGAAGGUUACAAUUUUAGAUGUGUGAAUUUUAAGUAAGGUAUCACAUGAAUUUUCUUUAUAAAUACACAAUCCCCCUGUAAUCGCUUUGAUCCUGUUACUCGGUCCUUAUUCAAAAUCGUUUCAGCCUAGUUUCAUUUUUCACUUGAAACUACUUUUGAAAUCAACGAGGUAGCCUCCAGGUGAGCGUUUGACAUGCUAGAAAUGGCAGUCAAAUACAACAAUAAGGAGAAAGAGAAAAAAAGUUGUUGUGGAAUGGCUCUAAUGCUGCUUUAGAAAUGUAUGAUAACAUCUAUUUGUAGAAACCACUUGGGAAGUCCUCUAUUUUGCAUCUCUCAACUCUAACUGCUAACUUCAGUUUUUCUUCUAAAAUGCUUUGUAGAUGGAAGCUUUACUCAAAACAGCGGAGGUUAACAUUAUCCAAAUUGAUAAUUUUAUUCUUCCUACUCAUUGUAGUUAUACAAAUCACACACAUAAUUCUCCUAUCAAAGAUAAGAGGCAAUACAAAAACUGCAAAAAAAAAUGAGGUUUCAGAAAUGAUUAAGAAAAUAUAUGAAUCCUAUAAACUUGAUUCCUCCGGAUCUUACCAUAUGAUCGCAGACGUAGCUCUUUGCAGUCAUUACUCCCUGUCUACAUCUAAACCUACUCGUGAAAGGUAUGAUGUUACUGUGGUAACUCAGACAUCACUCAAUAACAUACAAUACAUUGUCAAAUUGGCAAAUCAAUGGGAAGGCCCAAUAUCUGUAACAAUUUUCGCAUUUGACAAUUACAUUGUCACUGCUCUAUUGACAAUUGCAGCUUUACGGAAAUGUAAUCCGAUUGUUUUGGAAAUGGUUUCAUUCCAUCUUGUUUAUCCUUUGCAAAGAUAUCCUAGAAAUCUUCACAACAGUUAUGAAUCUUCAAUUGUGUCUUGUGAAGACUUACCAAAUAUACUUGCAUCCAACAUUCCAAAUUAUAGCUUUGACAAUAUUCAAUAUCCUCAUAAUGUUCUACGAAAUUUUGCGAUAAAGAAUUCCAGAACUGAAUUUAUUUUUAUGAUUGACAUUGAUAUGCUUCCUUCGGCUGGAUUAAGAAAUAAUUUCUCUGAAUUCAUUAAAGUUGCAGAUACAUUUUUACCAAAUUUAACAGCUUUUGUUGUUCCAAGUUUUGAAUCAAAUUUGAAUGUUUCAGUGCCCAUUGACAAGAAAGAUCUUUUGAAAAAAUGGGAUAAUCUACAGGUUCGACCUUUUUAUUUUGAAGUCUGCUGGAAAUGUCAGCAGCAUACGGACUAUGAAACUUGGAGAGAAAUUGAUGGUUCUUACAUGAAAGUAGCUUACAACAUUCCCUGGAAAGACCCUUGGGAACCAUUUUUUAUUACCCGACAUUUUGUGCCAGCUUAUGAUGAACGAUUUAAACAAUAUGGUUUUAACCGAAUUAGCAAUGUAUGUGAGCUGCAUAUUGCUGGAUAUACGUUUAAUGUUCUGAGUAAUGCAUUUAUUGUUCAUCAAGGCUUAAAGACAUCAACAAACUUCCACAAUAACAAAAUUAAAGAGUUGAAUCAAAACCGUUUGUUAUUUCGGAAAUUUAAAGAAGAACUGAAAACAAAAUACCCAUAUUCAACGAAAAGAUGUUAUUAAUAUCAUAAAAUCAAAAUAAUAGUUAUAAGUGUACAAAUGCAUAUGGAUGUGUACGUGUGUGCAUGUGUAUGUGCACUGUUAUAUUAAUAUCUAUUUGUUAGUUAUGAUUCCAACAACUCUAAGUAUGCCUGUUUAUAUUUGAAAUCAGUAAAUCACUGGUAAAGCUUUCAAAUAACAAUCAUGAGGUAGUCAUUUCAGAUUCAUUUCAUUCUCUCUACUUUUGGACAGUAACUAGAGGCUGGAACUGCUACGCAAAUAAGGCAAUACAUUGUUAAACUUUAGCUUAUUUGAUAUGUUCUUUAAAAAUAAAAAAAAAACACAUGAACCUAACAGUAAGCCAAACUUUAAACAAUUCAUUUAUUUUUUAUGAAACUCUUUAUAUUUUGACUAAGUUAUACACCUGACUUUUCUUUGUUUUUUUUUUUUAAUUAUCUCCUCAAAAUGCAGCUCUUUGUGAAUUGAUUUUGUCAAGAAUAAACUGUGAUAUAAAUGAAUGGGACUUUUAAAAAGAGUACUAAUGUCUACCCAGAUUAGAGUAGAAUAAAGGGUUUAUUAAUGAA